AGGAGGAGAUGGAAAUGAAGAAAAGACCAAUGGUGUGAAUAUGAAGGUGGGCAGCAACGAGGAUGUGAAUGAAGGGGAAGACAACGCAGAUGGACAGGAAGAGUACAUGGAUGUGAAGGUGCAGGAAAGCAGUGAUGCCAGUGAACAGAGGAGCAGGGAUUGCACUGGGCAGGAAGACAGCAGUGAACGUGGGAAUGAAGCAGCCCAUAGUGGUUUUGCUGCCACUGAGGAAGAAAAGAAGGAAGUUCUAGAAGAAGAUGGCAAUGAUAGAAAGCAGGAUGAAGAACAGGGUGAUGUGGAUGUGGAGGCAGACAAGAAGGAGGAUGGAAAAGAAGGUGAACAAGGUAAUGUGGCUGCCAGUGAAAAGGAAGACAAGGAUGGUGGCAAGGAAGAAAGCGGCAGCGGUGGAAUCGAAGACAGAGAGGACACCCGAGAUGUUGGGAAUGAGCAAGGCAACCUUUUAGUGGACCACAUAAAGUGGCCUGUGGAGGACCUGGAGAGAGGUUGCUCAGUGACAGCUGAGCUGAUGAAGAGCUUCAGCCGUGUCUUUGUGGACAGCACGAGCAAUAGCUUCUACCCCGUGCCUCAGGAAGCCAUUGGGGUGGGCAGUGCCUUUGAAGGCUGGAGUCCCCGUGACUGGGAUGGCGUGUACCGUGUGCUGGUCCCACUAGAUCCCCCACCAGGGCACGCCUUCGAGCUGGAGCUGAACAGUGAAGGGCAGAUGGCAGCAAGGACCUUCAGCGUCCGUGUGGAGCUGGUGUGCACGUGCAGGAUGGAGGAGCUGGACGAGAAGCUCUUGUGCUUCCUGCACUACUCGCGGAAGGAGCUGCGGCGGAAGCAGCAGCGCAGCCUCCUAGAGACACUCUGCACCGGCUCCUACCUGGACGUGGAAAAAACCUCCCGCUGGUUCCACCACCUGGUGAGAUGCUCGUGGCUGCACGUGCCUCAGUCAUACUCGUGGCACUUGGUGUUUCAGCCCAGCAGCCGGUCCUGCCGAUUCCAGCUGAGCAAAGGCAAGGAGAGCCUGACGGUGGAGAUGCUCUUUGGGGUGCGCCAAGAGGACUCGGACAUCUUUGUGGUCAGCCAGCCCACGGAGGCCCAGAAAGGUGGCUCCCUCAGCUUUGUGAGCAGCCAGCCCGCCCAGGCCAACUUCAUUGCAAGCACAGAGUGGCCCGAGACGUACGCUGUGGCAGAGGCGAAAUUCUUCCAGCACAUCGCCAGGCAGCUGCCGUGUGAGAGCUUGCACCUGAAAUGUCUGCAGCUCUUCACCUGCAUCCUGAGGGGCACAGGUUUUUCCAGCUCUACCUGGAAGACUGUGGUCAUGCACGUGCUGACCACAGUACCUCUGUCCCGCUGGUGCAGGAGGGAAUUUGCACGGCGGCUGUGGGACAUCAUGGCGUACCUGCGCCGCUGCCUGCAGCUGAAACGCCUGGACCACUUUGUGCUAGGCAAUGAGAGGCUUCCUGCAGAGAUCAGCUUGCCGCCGGCAAUGCUAAGGGUUGAGCCGCUCAACCUCUUUGAGCGCCUGGCCCGAGAUCCGGCCGCCCAUGAAGAGGCGAUGCAAGCUUAUGGUCAGCUGCGAUUUCGCCUCUGGGUGCUGCUCUCUAACCAGUGAGAGGAGUUCCCUGCACAGAUCUGUGCUGGUGGGGUCACACCUGAUGGCAGCCACGUGAACUCUGCACUGCUGUUCCCUUUGUCACUGGCAAUCCUGAAGCUGCUUUCCUGCUCCUGUGGAAGGAAGAUGCUGCAGCACACGGAUUCCUUGGGCACACACAUCUCAGAGCAGCCGUGCCCUUCACCUUCCAGUUACAGCGGUGCUGCUGACCAAGUCUCUGAGGCAGAAACUUGCUCCACCUGCACAUCCUCACGGAAGACAGUGAAGCUGGGAGAGGUUGCUUGGAACACCUUGAAGACAGCAGCCUAGCCUCUUAGGGGCCUAUUGUAGUUAGUUAAUUAUAGCAGAAGCUUUAGUUGUAGUUGGAGUUGUAGCUGCAGCUUUAGUUGUAGUUGUAGCUGUAGUUGUAGCUGCAGUUAUAGCUUUAGUUGUAAUUGUAGCUUUAAUUAGACUUGUUUAUUAGCAUUAACUAGACUGGAAUUAGACUUG